UGAACUGUCAUUGAUUUGUUGUCACGUUCAAACUAUCAAAUCAAGUUCAAGAAUUGUGAGAAGAAACAUAGGUUGCCGGCGAAAAUUAAUGUCGAAUCCUUUAAUAAAUUAAUGGUUUCAUUUAUGUGAUUACACUUAAAUCUACAAAAAAAACGAAGCAAGAUGACUGUGGAUACGCAGAGCAAGGCGAGGCUGUCGCAGAUCGCUUCUGAUAAACAACUUACAUUUAUAAAAUUAGCUGUUUUAUCAAUGGCAGCUAUUUUAUCAUUUGCAACACGUCUGUUUUCCGUUCUGCGCUUCGAGAGUGUGAUACAUGAAUUUGACCCGUACUUCAACUAUAGAACAACACGCUACCUCACAGAGGAAGGGUUUUAUAACUUCCACAACUGGUUUGAUGAUAGAGCAUGGUAUCCUCUGGGACGUAUUAUUGGUGGCACAAUAUACCCUGGCCUCAUGGUUACGUCAGCGACCUUAUACAACAUAAUGCAGUUUCUAAACAUCACUAUAGACAUAAGAAAUGUGUGUGUCUUCCUCGCACCAUUCUUUUCUUCUCUCACAACUAUUGUGACUUACUUACUCACUAAGGAAUUGAAGGACGAAGGCGCAGGCCUAGUUGCGGCGGCCAUGAUUGCCAUAGUUCCUGGCUACAUAAGUCGUUCUGUAGCCGGCAGCUAUGACAAUGAAGGGAUCGCUAUAUUCUGCAUGCUACUGACUUACUACUUCUGGAUCAAAGCUGUCAACACUGGGACCAUUCUGUGGGCCACUAUGACUGCUUUGGCUUACUUCUACAUGGUAUCAUCGUGGGGUGGUUACGUGUUCCUCAUCAACCUGAUCCCCCUGCACGUGCUAGCCCUGAUGCUGCUGGGUCGCUUCUCGGCGCGCGUGUACGUGGCCUACAGCACGCUGUACUGCGUGGGCACCAUUCUGUCCAUGCAGAUCUCCUUCGUGGGCUUCCAGCCCGUGCAGAGCUCCGAGCAUAUGCUGGCUCUGGGUACAUUCGGCCUGUGUCAACUGUAUGCUUUCGCACAGUACUUACGUUACCACCUCUCUCCAGCGAACUUCGAGCUGUUAUUCAAGGCACUUUUGACGACCUUGCUGGUAACACUCGGAACUGCUAUCGUCAUACUUACUGUGACUGGUAAAAUUUCACCUUGGACUGGUCGCUUCUAUUCGUUAUUGGACCCGUCGUACGCCAAAAAUCAUAUUCCUAUUAUUGCAUCGGUGUCGGAGCACCAGCCUACAUCGUGGUCGUCGUUCUACUUCGACCUGCAAGUGCUGGUCUUCCUGUUCCCCGCCGGCCUCUACUUCUGCUUCGCGAAGCUCACCGACGCCAACAUCUUCAUCAUCCUUUACGGCGUGCUCAGCAUUUACUUUGCGGGUGUGAUGGUGCGUCUGAUGCUGGUGUUGGCCCCUGUGAUGUGCAUUGUGUCUGGAGUCGCCGCGUCGAGCUUGCUCAGUCUCCACGUCAAAGACAUCGAGCCUAAAGUCGAGAAGCACGACAAGAAGAAGAAGCAUGAAAAUAACCUUGUCUUUAGAUCUGAGGUGGGAGCGCUAUUCGUCUGCGUGCUAGGCUGCUUGCUAGUCUCAUACGUGUUCCACUGCACGUGGGUGACGUCAGAGGCGUACUCCUCGCCCUCCAUAGUGCUGUCGGCGCGCGCUCACGACGGCGCGCGCAUCAUCUUCGACGACUUCCGCGAGGCCUACACCUGGCUCAAGAUGAACACUCCCGAGAAUUCAAAAGUGAUGUCCUGGUGGGAUUACGGGUAUCAGAUAACGGCAAUGGCGAAUAGAACAGUGAUAGUGGAUAAUAAUACUUGGAACAACACGCACAUAUCUCGAGUGGGACAGGCCAUGGCAUCUAGUGAGGAGCACGCUUAUGAGAUCAUGAGGGAGCUGGACGUGGACUAUGUGCUGGUGAUAUUUGGCGGGCUCGUUGGAUACUCUUCUGAUGACAUCAACAAGUUCUUAUGGAUGGUGCGUAUUGGCGGCAGCACGGAUCGCGGCGCGCACAUCAAGGAAGCAGACUACUACACCGGCUCGGGCGAGUUCAGGGUUGACGCGCACGGCUCGCCCACGCUGCUCAACUGCCUCAUGUACAAGAUGAGCUACUACAAGUUCGGCCUCGUCUACACUGAGGGAGGUGUGUAUAUGUCUCUAUACCCACAGACAUCAAGGAAGCAGACUACUACACCGGCUCGGGCGAGUUCAGGGUGGACGCGCACGGCUCGCCCACGCUGCUCAACUGCCUCAUGUACAAGAUGAGCUACUACAAGUUCGGCCUCGUCUACACUGAGGGAGGUCGACCACCAGGCUACGACCGCGUCCGCGGCGCAGAGAUCGGCAACAAAGACUUCAACCUCGACGUGCUAGAAGAGGCGUACACCACGGAGCAUUGGCUCGUGCGCAUCUACAAGGUCAAGCCUUUGCCCAACCGGGGCCUUUGAGUGGAACCCCCCAAACCGACCAGAGAAAAAAGUGAUAGUGCUCCCGAAACUUUUGAACUAGUGAUGUAUGAUAGAAACAAGAAGAUGAAGAGUUUCAGUGCUAGAAUACAAUUUUAGUGAUUCAUUGUAAAUUAAACUUACUAGUAAGUUCUCAAAAUAUGCACUCUUCAAGUUAUUUCAGUUUUCAAAAACCAAUUUCUAUAUAGAGUACCUGUAUUGGCCAUAUUGGAACUUUGAAAAAUAAGAAAAAGCGAAUUUUUUUUCUAAAUAAUAAUAUUUAAUUGGAAAUAAUUAAAAUUGGUUGUUUUUGAACAAUGUAAUCAAUUGAAAUAAUUGACUAUUAUUUUGUCUCAAAGUGAUUUUGAUUUUUACCCUAAUGAAAUUGUUUGGUUUGGUUUUGAAACUAACCCAAAAAAAUUGAUGGUAUUUAUAAUAAAAAUGGUGUCUUAUUGUAAAUCCCAUCAAAGAUCCCACACUGUAUUAUUUUCGCAAAAAUCAAGAAUUAUUUUAUCCUAUCAAAGUUACAGUCACAAAAAACUACUUUUUUUUUUUUAAUUCCCUGCCACACUAGCUCACAUCCACCUCAUACAAGCUUUAGUAUAUUUUAUUCUCAUGAAACUUUCGAAAAUUCUCUUGAUUUUUCAUAUCGAAACUCGUACAAUGGGUGCACUAUAGUUAAUUUAAACAGUGUCUACAUUUUUCUAAACAAGUUGCCGUUUUAAUCUCAGAUCCUGGUGCUAAUGCAGUUUAAUUAUAACUAAAUAAUUGUCUGGUCUGAAAGAACUAAUCCAGUUAUAUGCAUUUACAAAGAUAUAUGAAGUCGCUGUAAUGUAUGUAAAUGAAGAAU